CCUGCCUUACCUGGAAGAACCUGAGCCGAAACAGGGGAGGCGGUGGCAAAAACAUGAAACAAAUCUCAGAGGCGGAACUCUCUGGGAAAAAACAAAACUUCUUUUACGCUGUUGCUAUAAAAGAGGAAUCUGUUUCGAGUGUUUGCAUGGAUGUUGUGACUGAAAUCUAAAAAAAAAAAAAAAGACAUGAUGCCAGGUUUGGGAUUAAAGAAGAAAGAAAAUCUUUCCAGGAUGGAAAGAUUCACUGAAGACUUGCCACAGCUGAGCAAUGAGAUGCAGCUGAGCAUCAUGAACAGGGUGAAGAACGGAGAGUUGUCCAUCGAUGAUGCUCUGAACCAGGCCAGACAGGACAGGAAGCAGCUGCUGAAAGACAAGAGCCUGGCGGAAGAGGAACCCUCACAGUACAACUUCAGUGUUCACAAGCACGGCCGCUACAGGUGGCAGAAACGAGUUCUUCAGAUCGACUUCAAGACCAAAAUGCUGUGCAGCAUAGAGAAAGGAAUCAUCAAGCGACAACUUCCCUUCUCUAUCGUCAAGAGUUGUGAUGAUGGAGUGGGUUCCCGCUUCUCCAUUUCCUUUAAAGGACAUCAUGAUUAUGAACUGGAGGCCAUGUCACUGGAGGACAAACACAAGAUGAUUCAGCUCGUGAAUCGGAUUAUUUACGGGAACAUAUACAGUGAUCCUCAAGAGGGCAAUGCAGAAACACGUCAGCAGCCCGAAGCUUCGCAGAGCCUCCGGGAAGGCGUCUUGUUGCUGCACCGAGGCGGCCUGGCAUCAUUCAGAUGGGUGAAGUAUGAAGUCCGGCUCCACCCAGGCCAGCUGACACUGAUAUCCUUGAGGCGACGAGAGCCCGCUGAGGGUGAGGUGAGAUCCACGGUGCCCAUGUCUACCGUCAUUCACCUGUCAGACGGUGACACCAGCGUACAGAAGCCUCCCAGCAACGACACCUUUACUCUGAUCACCCACAAAAAUGAGUACCAGUUCCGGGUGCCUCUACCAGAUCAAACAACUUCUCCCGGGUCCGUCCAAAUGGAGCGAGAUGCUUGGGUCGAGGCCAUUGCUAAACUGUGUUCAGACUGGAAGAGGAAAUCCAUGGGUGAAAACAUGUUUGUGGAGACAAAGGUUCUACGAAACAUCAGCAUAGCCGAAGACGCAGAGGAUACUGACACUGAGCUCGAGUCAAGUAGUGAAAAUAUAAAGUUCAAUUGUCUCCCAUGUGAUUAUGAAAAUUUAGAACCCACUCCCGGUGGUGGAGCUCAUUUACCAGCUGGUGACACGGAUCCAAGCAAUCCCCCGGCCGAUCACGCAAAGCCUGUUCCGAAGCCUCGCAGCACUAAGAAGGCCGCUCGUCCAGAUAUCAAGCGUGGGGCUUUGCCUCCUGUCCCAUCACCAACCUCUCCCGGCGUUGUUGCCUUGUCUUCACCCACCGCCUCUCCUCAACCUUCACCCUCUCACUAUGCCCUCCCAUCUUCUGUCAAAGUCCCAGAGUCUCCUCCCUGUGUACCAGCCUUGCCAGUUCUGCCUGUCCCACCCCCAUUGCCCCCACCUUUCCCCUUCAAACUGAGGACGAACUCAAAGAAAGCACGCACCAAGGCUUUCCAUUGGGACGUGGUUGGGUCAGAUAAGAUUGCAAAAUCAUUUUGGAAACAAGAAAGCACCAGGAGGAUUGAAAUCGACACAUCGCGCUUAUAUGAGCAAUUUGCUGUUAAAGAUCUGGGGACGUUCGGCGCGGUUGAGCCGAGUAAUACCCAGAAUAUUAUGCUCAACCCGAAGGUUGCACACAAUUUCAACAUUUUCCUCAAAAGUUUUCCAGUGCAACCUGGAGAGCUGAAGGACAAACUGUUCAUCAUUAACGAGGAAGAUGGAGGCAUGUCUGAUGAGCACAUCACCUCUCUGAGGAGGUACGUCCCUACCAUGGAGGAUGUGGAAAUGUACAAAUCCCACAAAGGACCUGUGACAGAGCUGCAUAUUGUGGACCAGUACAUGAUGGAGAUGUGUAACAUCCCCUACCUGAGCACACAACUCGACCUGCUGCUGACUCUGAGAGAGCUCCCGAACAGCAUGAACGACCUGCAGCCUCUGAUUAACCAGCAGAUCAGAAUGUGCACACAGCUGAACAACUGCAGGUCAUUUCUUUCCAUGCUGGAGUACCUCCUCACCAUCGGCAAUUACCUGAACGAGAACGCCAGAAAGGAAAAGGCCAAGGGAUUCCGCCUCUCGUCCUUAACUAAAGUCUCCCAGCUACGUGGCAGAGACAAGAAGUUCACCUUGCUCCAUGCCCUUGUGGAGCAGAUCAUGUUGCAUGAACCGUGCUUGGCCAAUUUUACCCAAGAGUUGGCAGAAUUUGAAACUGUCCCGGGAGCUUCCAUCAAAGGCCUGACCGCAGAAGUAGAUGUCUUGAAGAAUGAACUGCAGAAAGUCAUUCAGUACAGAAAAACUUCCAAGAAGAGAAAUGUCGGAGUUCAGCACCCAAACUUCUCCAAAGACCUGAAGAUGGCAAUUGAGAAAUACAACACGGAUCUCUCGGCAUUGACGAAGACGUGUGAGGAGAUGAAGAAACUCUACUCUGUCAUACUGGUUAAAUUCGGAGAACCGGCCGAGCAAGACUCUCAGGAGCUGUUUGGGAUGAUCUGUCAGUUCGUCGACGGAUUCAAGAGGACCCAUGCUGAAAUGAUCUGACUUUAUAGAGAUAUUGGUAACUGCUGAGACUGCAGUCACGCUGCAGUAUUUGAUGUUACUGUGUGAACAUAAAACUGAUCUGUGUCACAAUA